AUGAGGCUCAGGGACCUAGAGAGGGACGCCAUGAGGCUCAGAGACCUAGAGAGGGACGCUACGAGGCUCAGGGACCUAGAGAGGGACGCCAUGAGGCUCAGGGACCUAGAGAGGGACGCCAUGAGGCUCAGAGACCUAGACAAGGACGCCACGAGGCUCAGAGACCUAGAGAGGGACGCCAUGAGGCUCAGGGACCUAGAGAGGGACGCUAUGAGGCUCAGGGACCUAGAGAGGGACGCCACGAGGCUCAGGGACCUAGAGAGGGACGCCACGAGGCUCAGGGACCUAGAGAGGGACGCCACGAGGCUCAGGGACUUAGAGAGGGACGCCAUGAGGCUCAGAGACCUAGAGAGGGACGCCACGAGGCUCAGGGACUUAGAGAGGGACGCCAUGAGGCUCAGAGACCUAGAGAGGGACGCCAUGAGGCUCAGGGACCUAGAGAGGGACGCCAUGAGGCUCAGGGACCUAGAAAGGGACGCCACGAGGCUCAGGGACCUAGAGAGGGACGCCAUGAGACUCAGGGAUCUAGAGGGACGCCAUGAGGCUCAGGGACCUAGAGAGGGACGCCAUGAGGCUCAGGGACCUAGAGAGGGACGCCAUGAGGCUCAGGGACCUAGAGAGGGACGCCACGAGGCUCAGGGAUCUAGAGAGGGACGCCAUGAGGCUCAGGGACCUAGAGAGGGACGCCAUGAGGCUCAGGGACCUAGAGAGGGACGCCAUGAGGCUCAGGGACCUAGAGAGGGACGCCAUGAGGCUCAGGGACCUAGAGAGGGACGCCAUGAGGAUCAGGGACCUAGAGAGGGACGCCAUGAGGCUCAGGGACCUAGAGAGGGACGCCACGAGGCUCAGGGAACUAUAGAGGGACACCAUGAGGCUCAGGGACCUAGAGAGGGACGCCACGAGGCUCAGGGACCUAUAGAGGGACACCAUGAGGCUCAGGGACCUAGAGAGGGACACCAUGAGGCUCAGGGACCUAUAGAGGGACACCACGAGGCUCAGGGACCUAUAGAGGGACACCACGAGGCUCAGGUACCUAUAGAGGGACGCUACGAGGCUCAGAGACCUAGAGAGGGACGCCAUGAGGCUCAGAGACCUAGAGAGGGACGCCACGAGGCUCAGAGACCUAGAGAGGGACACCAUGAGGCUCAGGGACCUAGAGAGGGACGCCAUGAGGCUCAGGGACCUGGAGAGGGACGCCACGAGGCUCAGGGACCUAGAGAGGGACGCCAUGAGGCUCAGGGACCUAGAGAGGGACGCCAUGAGGCUCAGGGACCUAGAGAGGGACGCCACGAGGCUCAGGGACCUAGAGAGGGACACCAUGAGGCUCAGGGACCUAGAGAGGGACGCCACGAGGCUCAGGGACCUAGAGAGGGACGCCACGAGGCUCAGGGACCUAGAGAGGGACGAUAUGAGGCUCAGGGACCUAGAGAGGGACGCCAUGAGGCUCAGAGACCUAGAGAGGGACGCCAUGAGGCUCAGGGACCUAGAGAGGGACGCCAUGAGGCUCAGGGACCUAGAGAGGGACGCCACGAGGCUCAGAGACCUAGAGAGGGACACCACUAG